AUGAACGGCGACGUAUUGGCAGAGAUUCUCUUACAUCUCCCCGUGCAAUCCCUCUUGAGAUUUCGAGCUGUCUGCAAAUCAUGGGGCAACAUCAUCGAUUCUCAAUCUUUCCAAAAACGGCACACUCAAAACGACAACGACGACAAACCAGACGACACGGUAUGUCUACAAUUUAGUUUCCCCAACGUUGGAAACCGGAUGCUGCAGGAGCUGUCAAUAAAGCUCCUACACAACAACAAGUCAGUAAUGUCACAUGCAUCCGACUACUAUACCGGCUUCUCGUUUGGCUACUCGCCUCCCAACCGUCUAGGUAGGUUUGUUGGACCGGUUAAGGGUCUAAUAUGCAUUAACCCUGAUAAUCCCGAGUUGUGCACAGUUGUAUGCAACCCUUUUCUAGGCCAACUCGAGAUUCUCCCACAUUUAACCUAUUUGCAUCCCGACCCGUGCCAGAUAUGGUGGCAUGAUGUUGCUUUAGGUUUCCACGAAGAUUACAAAGUUGUGCAACUGCUCUUAUGCAAGCGACACCAGUGUGUCCAUGCCCAACUGUACUCAAGAAAGACAAACUCUUGGAUGGAGUUUAGUGGAGACCGUCUCCGCGUCCUUGAUGGGCUACACCAUAUCCCUUGUAUUCCAAUAAUAUCGCGGUGCAAGAAUGGCUACUUUUCGCACUGGUUCGUGCAUAGGUAUAAUAACGAAGGAGGAGCUAUUGUGCUUGCGCCAGAGAUACUGACCUUGGAUAUGAGGAAUGAAGUGUUUCGUACAGUUUGCUUGCCGGCGAGUCCUGUUGGUAUGGGCAGUAUUAUCUUUGCGGAAAAUGAGCACUCAUUUCGCCGCUUUGAUUUUCCUUCUGUUGAUGGAAGUGUUAUUACGGUGGGCAUUAAUGAGUCGAUAUGUGAAGGAAAUGUAUUGAGAUGGAAUCAUGUGAUGAAUGUGGAAGUACCCUUCUCCGAUUAUAAGAUGCCACUAUGGCAGCCUGGUUGGGUGUUUUUUUACCAAACAACGGGCGGCGCGUUAGUGUAUGAUUCUCAUGCACGCAAAUUCAUCUGCAAGCAUGCGAUGCUGCCUGAAGGGUCCAGGAUUGUUGAGUACAGAGGGAGUUUCGUUUCACCUAAGAAUUAG